AUGUUAAUUUUUAGUCAAUUUGUACGUCCUUUAAUUUUGACAAUUCUUUUACCAUGCAUAAUUAUAAGUAUUCUGGAGAUUUAUUAUGUAACUCAUAAGAAUAUAUCGUGGAAAAUUUUUGAAAGAAUAAUAUUAGAUAGCCCAAAUUGGUGGAUUUUUGGAAUUCCAUUGUCUGGAUAUGCAUUAAUUUGGGAAAUUUCAUUACUAGUUACUGUUGCAUUAUCUUAUAAGGAACAAUUAGGUAUGAAUGAAAAAGAAUUUCAAGGCUAUAGUGAACUCCAGAAAUAUCCAAACUCUGAAAAGUACCAGGAUUUAUAUAAAGGUGGUUAUGAUUUAAAUUCUGUGACUUUUUGGAUUGAUAGUAUAAGUAUUUGGAAUAGAUUAACAUUUUUAAUGGUAAAUAUUGCUAUAUAUGUGAAUUUCUACCUAAUAUUUUUAAUGUACUUUCAAUUCCAAACUUAUUCAAUUUUAACAUUGGCAAAUUUUUGUCUCUUUUUUAUAAUUUUUAUACUUAAUUGGUAUCCUGGAUUACUAUCAAAUUUUAUGGAAAGUCUUAAACUUACUGGAAUAUGUUUUAUUAUUUCUUUAAUUCUAAUUUUAUGUAUGUAUUUUUCGAAUUUAGAAUCUCAAAAUAGUAUUGUACCUUUUAUUGCAGAAAAUUUAAAUAUUCCAGUUUUAAGUAAAGAAGAAGAUGAAUUAAAUAGACGGAUUAUAAAAAGGUUUAUUGAAUCUGGGGGAAUUCUUUAUGGUAUGCAUGGAUCACCUUCUACUGCUAUUAAUGAAAUGAUAUGGGGAAAAUCAUCAAUACAACUUCUUAAAGAUACUAAAAGUUAUGUUGAAUGUAGUUUUACAGUAUUUCAUAAUAAAGAGUGGAAGACUUGUAUUGAAAAUCAUAUAGACUCAUAUCCAUCUUGGGUAGUUGGUGACCGUAAAAUAACUGGAAUUGUUAAACCCCAAAUUAUUGCAUUUGAAAUUAAUUUAGAUUUAGAAAAAAUGAGAAGGGAUGUAUUAAUAUAUUUAUCAUCAGAACAAUCAGUUCAAAAUGAUGAUAAUUUACAAAAAGAAAUUGCUAAUUCUGUGGAUGAUUCAGUUGUAGAAAGUGAUGAAGAAACUGAUCUUAAUAAAAAUGAUACAGACUAUAAUGAUGAUAAUAUAGAAAAAUCAAGUUCUUAUGAUAAAAAAGGAAAGUAUAAGAAAAAAGGUAAAAAGUAUAGAGAAGAUAAAAAAAAUGCAAAUUUAUUGAAUAUUGAGAAUUUAUAUGACCAACCUUUACUUAGAGGAGUUACAAAUAUUAAAGAAUCUUUAAAGGGUGAAGAACCUGAAGAUAUAACAACGCUCAUAGAACCUCCUGAUGAGAUUGAUGAUAGACUUCAAGGAAUGAAAGAGGAAGUAAGACAAGUGAGGAGUAUUGAAGAAAAAAAUAAAGAAAUAGAAUUACUUAAGAAAGAGCUUGAGGAACAACGAGCUAUUGAAUUAGAAUUAGAAGAAGAUACUGAGAAAGAUGAAAAUAUAAGAGAUAAAGAACAAAAUUUAACCAAUAUUCUAGAGAAUAAACCCACAGAUUUACUACUAAAUUCGAAAGUUCAGGAUAAUAAUUCACCAAAAUUAUAUGAUUCAACUAAUAUAGAAGAGUUAGAUUUAGAAAAAGAACAUUCUGAAGUAGAUCAAUCUAAAACUCAAGAAACUGAAAUAAAUUUAAAACCUGAAUUUAGAAGUGACUUAGAAUUAUGGAAAAGUAACCAUCCUAUAGAAGAAAGCAAUGUUAAGACCCAAGAUUUCUCUAAAAAAAAUAAGGAAUUUCCUAAUCAAUUAAAUAUUAAAUCUGAACAGAAUAAUGAAACUGAUACAAGUAAUGGGGAUAAAAUUAAAGAGAAUAAUAUAUCGGAACUAAAACAAGAAGUUCAAUUAUCUAACACAACUGCAAAACACAAUAACUUAAUGUUGAAAAAUUCAAUUGAUGAAAUACAACAAAGAGAUGGAGAUAAUGUGGUAUCAGGAUUUGAUAAAGGAGAUUUAAAUUAG